CCCAGCCUGGGAAUCUCGGAACAGCCCCGGGGUGUUCUGGGCCGCGUCAGGGAGAGAAUCAGGAGCUGCCGCCGGACCAUUGCGGCCCCCUUCUGUGGGGCUGGACAGAGGGAGGAGGAGAGUCUCGGGUCUGGCUGUGACCGAGGUCUGGGAUGGCCCUCAAAGGCCGUUUUCUCCAAACGAAGCGUUAUUAGAGCCACUUUGGGGGUUGGGGGGGGCGGGGCAAUUCCACUGCACGCUCAGAGAACACGUUCCAGCUCAUGAACGUUCUCAGGAAACCAUCAUCUCGGUUCCUCCCCAGCUUGGCAGCAUCCGGGCAUGCUGGGAACUCAUCUGGCCGGUCUCAGCUCCUGGAAGACUUGCUGCUGUGCUUCUAGGAUCUGUACUAGGUAUCCAAAGAGGAAUUCUGCCCACCUUGGGGCUCCCACUCCCUGAAGGAUCACAGUCUGACCCAAGCAGAGACCCCAGAGCCAGAGGGAAUAACUCCCAGGACCCUGAAGCCACCAUCCCAGAGGCAGAGACUAAUUUUGAAGUGAAGGAGAUGUCUACAGAACUGAGGAUUUUUGUGCAAGAAUCUGACCCCAAAAGUUGGAUAAAUGAUGGUUCCCAUGACUUCGUUUUGAGAGAAGUCUCUGACUCUGAUGUGAAGAUAAACAAAAAUCUAAAGAGUGAAUGUGAAUUUGAUGAGAAAUUCAGUCAAUGUUCAGUCCUCAAUCAGUAUAUAAAAGUGAUCUCAGGAACUGACUAUUGUCAGGAUAGUCAAUACAGCAAAUGCUUUCCUGAAGAAGUAGGACUUUUUCAGUUGAAUGAGAACCCUUCUGAAAAGCCCAUCUAUCAAGGUAACCUAGGAGGAAUGAUCUUUGGCUGCAGUUUAGACUUCAUUGGACAUCCAAAAAGUAAAUGGGUAGAGAUGGUUUCUGUGAAGGAUGAAGUAGAGAAUUCUUUCAGUCAAAACUCUGAUCUUCAUGCACAUCAAAUAAUCCAUUUGGGUGAGAAACCUUAUGAAUGUAAACAAUGUGGAAAGGCUUUCAAACAAAGGGGAUCUCUUGCAGUACAUCAUAGAAUCCACUCUGGAGAGAAACCUUAUGAAUGUAAAGAGUGUGGAAAGGCUUUCACACAGAGGAGUCAUCUCAAUAAACAUCAGAGAAUCCACUCUAGAAAAAAUCCUUAUGAAUGUAAACAUUGUGGAAUGGCUUUCACACAGAGGAGUCAUCUUGCUGCACAUCAGAGCAUCCACACUGGAGAGAAACCUUAUGAAUGUAAACAAUGUGGAAAGGCUUUCACACAGAGGAGUCAUCUUGCUGCACAUCAGAGAUUCCACACUGAAGUGAAACCUUUUGAAUGUAAACAAUGUGGGAAGGCUUUCACACAGAAUGGGGAUCUCACUAAACAUCAGAGAAUCCACACUGGAGAGAAACCUUAUGAAUGUAAACACUGUGGAAAGACUUUCACACAGAGUGGGGGUCUCACUAAACAUCAGAGAAUCCACACUGGAGAGAAACCUUAUGAAUGUAAACAUUGUGGAAAGGCCUUCAGAGAGAGAGGAACUCUCACUAAACAUCAGAGAAUCCACACUGGAGAGAAACCUUAUCAAUGUAAACAGUGUGGAAAGGCUUUUCCACGUAGCAGAUCUCUUGCUAUGCAUCAACUAAUCCAUUCUGGAGAAAAACCCUAUGAAUGUAAACAAUGUGGUAAGACUUUCAGAGGAAGGGGCUCUCUUGUAAUACAUCAUAGAAUCCACUCUGGAGAGAAACCUUAUGAAUGUAAACAGUGUGGAAAGGCUUUCACACAGAGGCAUCAUCUUGCUGUACAUCAGAGCAUCCACUCUGGAGAGAAACCGUAUGAAUGUAAACAAUGUGGAAAGGCUUUUACACGUAGCAGGUCUCUUGCUACACAUCAGCUAAUCCACACUGGAGAGAAACCUUUUGAAUGUAAACACUGUGGAAAGGCUUUCACAGAGAGAAAAUCUCUUGCUAUACAUCAGAGAAUCCACACUGGAGAGAAACCUUAUGAAUGUAAACACUGUGGGAAGGCUUUCACACAGAGUGGGGAUCUUGCUAUACAUCAGAGGAUCCACACUGGAGAGAAACCUUAUGAAUGUAAACACUGUGGGAAGGCUUUCACACAGAGGCGGGAUCUUACUAUACAUCAGAGAAUCCACACUGGAGAGAAACCUUAUCAAUGUAAACACUGUGGAAAGGCUUUUCCUCGUAGCAGAUCUCUUGCUCUGCAUCAACUAAUCCAUACUGGAGAAAAACCUUAUGAAUGUAAACAAUGUGGUAAGACUUUCAGAGGAAGGGGCUCUCUUGUAGUACAUCAUAGAAUCCACUCUGGAGAGAAACCUUAUGAAUGUAAACAGUGCAGAAAGGCGUUCACACAGAGGAUUCAUCUUGCUGUACAUCAGCGCAUCCACUCUGGAGAGAAACCUUAUGAAUGUAAACAGUGUGGAAAGGCUUUUACACGUAGCAGGUCUCUUGCUACACAUCAGCUAAUCCACACUGGAGAGAAACCUUAUGAAUGUAAACAGUGCAGAAAGGCUUUUACACAGAAGAUUCAUCUUGCUGCACAUCAGAGAAUGCACACUGGAGAGAAACCUCAUGAAUGUAAACAGUCUUCCACAACAGAUCUCUUGCUACACAUCAGCUAAUACACACUGGAGAGAAACUUCAUGAAUAUAAACAAUGUAAAAAGACUUGCAAACAAAAGGACUCUCAUAUAGUGCAUCAUAGAAUCCGUUCUGGAGAGAUACUUUAUAAAUGUAAACAUUUUGGAAAGAUUUUCAAACGGAGGUGCCAUCUUGUUGCACAUUAGAGCAUCCACACUGGAAAGAAACCAUAUGAAUAUAAACACUGUGGAAAGGCUUAGACACAGUAGCUCUCUUGCAACACAUGAGCUAAUCCACACUGGAGAGAAACCUUAUUGUAUUGGAUAAAAUUAUGCAAUAUUCUAUGUCAUUCAUUUAUCAUUAUUAAUAAUGUUGGAUUGGAAACUUCCUUUAAAAAUUAGUGAAAAUUGGGUAUCCUUCUGAAGGAAGAUACUAAUCUCCCCUUAUGAAGAGUGGAGAAAUUACACACACACACACACAAACUUUUUAUAGAUACAUAAAUAUUCACAUUGUAUCUAAUGUAGUCAAAACCUCUGCUUUUAAAUUUUUUUAAAUUCAUAGUUUAAGGGUUUACAUUGACAUUUCCAUUGGAAAAGUCUUGAAACAUGCAACUAUAAUCUUAACUCUUUGUCCCAAGUGUUUCAGUUCAAAAGACCUUGGCCAUGUCUAAAUUCCGACUCAACUUAAAAAUUGCAAACUUAAGAAAUGCUCCCAUUAGUUCAACGAUGCUGGGAAACUUAAUGAGGUUAGAACAAGAUAAAGAAAAUGUAACAUACACAGACAUUGUAUUAUAUACAGGUAGUGAGUGACUAGAAUGGGUGUAUUAUGUUAAUUUCUGAUGUAUUUUGAGUUCAUUUGUAUAUCCAUGUACAUUGCUGUUGAGUCAGACACUCAGAGCAGUUUCCCUUUCCCUUUCCCUAAUAAAGGCUGUAUAUUGGGCUGAAAGCAUCUUA